UUUUAAUUGCAGAAAGAUGUCUCUAGAACCUUACAUAUACGACAGUGGUCCUAACUACCCAAAUGUAAAUGGUUCCUACGCAACUACUAGUACCUACGCAUCUAAUUUCACCACGGCAUACUCGGAAUCAGCAGAAAACCAGAACAUGAUGUACAAGCUGCUGGAACCUACCCCGGAGUAUCUGAUGAACCAGGAUAUCAACUCCAUCAGCACACAGAUAGCAGACCUUAAUGCACUAGCAGAGUUCAAUGCUAAGGCUAAUGCUGUUGGAUUAGAUUUGCAACGAUUUAUCGCCUUGAACCAGAAGUUUCUGCCGGAGGAUAAAUACCGUGGUACUUUGGACAAUAGUUCAUCAUCUCAUCAAUCCUUGUAUCAAGGAUCCUUCUCCAGUCAAUCCAACCCAUACUUGAACCAAACCAACCCAUACUUGAACCAGAGCAAUGCAUACUCCCAUCCUGGAUACAGAGAGUCCAGAGCCUACUCCAACACACAGAACGCCCCAAGAGGGUUUAAGGAGUUCUUUAGUUCAGAUCAUCAGUCAGCCUUUGCUCAGCGUUCCCAACCUGCUCCCUACUCCUGUAAUACCCUGGAUAAUAUUCCGUCAAAGGAUAGGUUUGACAUGACCGGACUAGGUCGAGGAUUGCCAAAUGCUUACAAUGAUGAACAUCGCCAAAAUUUCAAACCUAUGCCGACUUACGAGAUGAUGAGGGCGGAGGCUGCUGAUAACGAGAUUAGAGGACACCUAGAGAAGAGGAUUGAACCAACCCUGCCCCAGCCUAGAGUUAGUAGUCAGAGCUCAGUUGAGAUGAAGAAAUCUAGUCUUCUGGGAUUAACUGAUAUCUCUGCUAGACUUGAGGCAACCCUGAGCAGUUCACAUUCCACUAGCUGGACUCCUUUAGGCGUAGGAAGUGCUGGAACUCCAUCCAAAACACCGUCACCCAACCUCACCGCUGAUUCCAUAUCCCAGUCCGAAGGGAAUCCUAUCGAGCAGUACAUUUUCCUCUCGGACGAUGAGGAGGAGAGCGUAAACAUCUCAAUGAAGAAAGCUAUAUAUAAUGGAGUAGAAUCUUCUCGUCUCUCUGGCCAAAUGGCACCUAUCCCGCUGCCAGAAAGCCGGUCAAACCCACCUCUACCCACCCCUCUUGGUAAUCUGGAGAACCGAACCCUUACCCGAACCACCAGCUGGAGCCAGGUUGUGAGAACUACCGGAGCCAAACCUAUUCCUCUUACUACGUCUCUUGCUCCUAUCCAACUUGCUCCCUCUCCAUCCCCAGGAUACGAUAGUCCAUGUUCAUCUCCGUCCUUAGAAACUCCUGUCUCAGAGUUCCACAGAGGUCCCAAGGUUGAUCCUCGUUGGCCUGUGACCCAGCAGGUUUUCCUCGGUCCCAUUCCGGUCAGUGUAACCUGGGACGAGAUUAGGAACACCUUCUACAACAAGGUGGCGCGUCAUCAGAUCCUUCACACCUACGUACAGAGUAAACCCGUCAACGACGUGGUGUACGGACAGAUCGUGUUUGACAAGUCUGCGUUGGCCAUCAAAGUGCUGAAGGAGGGUCCCAUCAAGAUUCGUGGGCACGCUAUUAGUGUCUCGGCUAUGAAAGAUCGCGUGAAGCAAGAGAGAAGAAAGUAGAAGGAGGCGCGGAGCAUCUUAAAUUUGAGCUUUAUUUAGACGCCAUGCAUUCCAUGAUUUCUGUACAGAAUGAUCUCAGUUUAUCCAGAUUUAAGUUAUCAAUUUGCAUUUAGUUUUACCUUUAAAGAGCAGCUGAGUUUUCUUGUAUUACCUUUAUAGCGGCCAAUUUUUAUUUUUAUGAUUUAUCGACGGGCCGUUGGUAAAUACGGGAAUAUUGCUGUUCCUCUCGCUUAGGAUUGGUCCUUGCAUAAAUUUAUAUAUAUUUGGAUUAUUUUGACCAUUCCUUACCGUGUGCAAUCUUAAGUUCCUAUUUUUUUACGGAACAAGUCUUUUUCUUUGUGCAAUUUUAAGUUUUACACUUACCGACUCUCAUGAGCUUUGUUUUGUAGAUUUUGUUUUUUCGCUUUUUUGUGUAUUCGUACACAAUCAUUUAUUGCAGUUUUCGUCCUACUUAAGAAUAUCGAUUUUUACAUAAACUUUUACAUAAACUAUCUUGUUUUGUUCUAAUUUCCCACUUGUUUGUCACAAGAUCUGUACCUAUACAACGAGUACCUUUAGAAGCCAAAUAAUGUAUUGUAUUUUUGUAAUCUUGUAAUUUCAGUAUACUAUUGAAAUAUAAUAACGAUACUUAA